GUUUUGGGGCGCCGAUGAGAAUCGGUAGGAACAAAAACGUAAUCUCUUUUUCAAAUGCCACCUGGGGCUGGGGAUGUUACGUGUACUUCAUACAAAAUUCGCGCGCGUAAUGUGUCGGUCCUCUUCUCAAACCUUUUCCGUCCAACUCCAUUUUAUAAACUCCCUUCUUCAUCUUUAUCUGUGUAUCCCUGACCCUGGUCUCUGUCGGUUUGAGAAUCCAAGAUCAAGCUUCAGAUUUGCUGCUGCCGCUAAGUCUUUUUGGAAGCCAGAAAUGGCGUUAGAGUGGGUCGUGCUUGGUUACGCUGCAGCCGCGGAAGCCAUCAUGCUGCUUCUGCUGACCCUGCCGGGUAUCGACCGACUCCGGAAGGGCCUCAUCCCGGUGACUCAGAACCUCCUCAAGCCUUUCCUCGCUGUGAUUCCCUUCUGCUUGUUUCUGUUAAUGGACAUUUACUGGAAGUAUGAGACUCGCCCAGCUUGCGAGGGUCAAUCCUGUACUCCCACCGAGCAUUUUCGUCACCAGAAGUCUAACAUGAAGAGCCAACGCAAUGCCCUGCUGAUCGCAGCUGCUCUUGUGUUCUACUGGCUCCUCUACUCGAUUACCCAUCUCGUUCUUCGUCUCGAUCAGCUCCACCAACGCAUUGAGAAGAUGAGGAAUCACCAGGAAUGAUACCCAAGAAGGAAUUCAAUUCUACAUAAGCCCUUUUCCCCCUUCUGGGGGCUUUGCUUUUCUUGAGAACUGUUAUGCUCAUGGAGAUAGUUUGUAUAUUCUGGUUGGUGUGUCGUGUUUCUAAUCUAAUUUGUAUACGCAGUUUCUGAUGAAUACGAUAUCCAUUAAUGAA